AUGUCUAGUAACGAAGGAAAUAAUGAUAUUAAUAACGACUUUCACUAUAACAAUAACAACAAAAACAACUAUUCAGCUACUUCACAAAACUUUUUCGCUGAUUCGUCAACACCGAUACAAAACUUGCCAACACAAAAAGGAAAAUCAACACCAAAAAACAGUUAUAAUAGUAAUUUAACAGAAAACGAGUCUGCUUUCAUUGCAAGUGAAAAAUUUCAAGAAUGGGACAACGAAACUAGAUACGAGGAAGAAUCAACAGAGGAUGGAGAUUUCAGUGAUGUUUAUGAUCCGCUAGAAGCACUAAAUCAAGAGAAAGAUUUGGUUCGUACUCCAUUGCAAAAAAGAUGUUUUGAAUUUUUCGAAAGACCAAAAAGCAUAUGGGCUAAGUUAUUUUGGGUUGUCUCGUCGUUAUGUGUGCUCACCACUAUUACCAUGAUUUGUAUUGAGUCGUUGCCAAAUGUUAGUGAUGAUUUGCUAGCAAAACUUGACCCAAUCGAUAUUACAGUCGCUAUUAUAUUUACUAUCGAGUAUAUCGGGCGAUUUUACGCAUCCGUUAAUAAGCUAGUUUUUUUUCGACAAUUCAUGAAUAUCGUUGAUUUAUUAUCAAUCCUUCCGUUUUACCUUGAAUUGGUUCUUCCGAUUGCUGGUGGAUCAGCACUUCGCUAUCUUAGAAUUCUUCGGCUAUUCCGAAUUCUUAAAGUGUUCCACUUUGUCAGAAAUUCUGUGGUAUUUAAUAUAACUUUCCAAGUAUUCAAAAGAUCCGUAUCACAAAUAGCAAUGGUGCUCAUGUGGGUAUUUAUCAUAAUCCUCAUGUCAUCAGCAAUAAUGUAUUACCUGGAACGCGGAGAAUUCCACAAUGACGAUCACACCUGGUACAGAACAAGAAUGGACGGUACAAUCGAGCGUAGUCCCUUCCAAUCGAUCGUACAUAGUUUUUGGUGGGCAAUUGUUACAAUUACGACUGUCGGCUACGGGGACGACAUUCCGAUCUCCGGAUGGGGAAAACUGCUCUCUGGACUUACGGCUCUUUGCGGAAUCAUGGUUAUUGCUAUUCCCACCUCGAUUAUUGGUUCGAAUUUUAUCACGGUUUGGGACGCGUAUCGGCGCAAGAAAAUGCUUAAACGCAUACACAGAGAAAGUGCUCAUGUGGAUGACACGCUAGAAAAACAACAAACUAAAAAACAGCGAUUGAAAAUAUUGCGAGAUCAGAAUGAUGCGCUAUUACAAGUCUUGGCUGAGUUUCAGGAUCGUUUGAAUGAACUCAAUCCACCAAAAUACAAAGAGCAGUGCCAAAAAUUGUCCGAGCAGAAUAAACGAUAUAAAUCACAGAUACUUCGUCUUGAAUUUCUGUUGAAAGAGUAUCAAGUCAACGAAAAAAGCCCUAUUAAUGGCGGAUCAAAAUUGGACAGUUAUCGGCAUGACUCCUCAUACACGGAUGACUUAACGAUAAACGACUUCACCGACGAGCGAACCGAAUUCCCGAAAGACAACUCGGAAAAUAUGCUUAAAUCUUCGAAUUAUGUAAUUGAUAAAGAUAUUAAUGACGAAAAUGCACUUCCUAAUGUGGAUACAUCCAAAAAAUCUGCAUCCAAGAAAUCUACAUCCAAAAAAUCUACAUUCAAGUAUUUUAAAAAGUUUCAUAAAAAAUUUACACAUGGUCAUCGUAAUAAUGAAACCGAUAAUACACUUGAGAUAAAUUUUGUACGAGAACAAUCAGAUAAUAAUAACAAUGCAGAAGUGGCUCAGAAUUAUGGACAAUUGACAGAACCUUCCGCUAUUCAUUAUUCUAUUUCGAUUGCUACUGAAGAAGAAAUUGAAAAUAUCAACAAAACAAACAAAAAUAACGAUGAAAUGCUAUAA